AUGGGGAACGUAGGGCUUUUCUCAACAUGCUCAUCAUCCUAUCCCACCAUCUCUGCUCCUCAUCCCAUCCCACCAUCUCUGCUCCUCAUCCCAUCCCACCAUCUCUGCUCCUCAUCCCAUCCCACCAUCUCUGCUCCUCAUCCCAUCCCACCAUCUCUGCUCAUCAUCCCAUCCCACCAUCUCUGCUCCUCAUCCCGUCCCACCAUCUCUGCUCCUCAUCCCAUCCUACCAUCUCUGCUCCUCAUCCCAUCCCACCAUCUCUUCUCAUCAUCCCAUCCCACCAUCUCUGCUCCUCAUCGCAUCCCACCAUCUCUUCUCAUCAUCCCAUCCCACCAUCUGUUCUCAUCAUCCCAUCCCACCAUCUCUGCUCCUCAUCGCAUCCCACCAUCUCUUCUCAUCAUCCCAUCCCACCAUCUCUGCUCCUCAUCCCAUCCCACCAUCUCUUCUCAUCAUCCCAUCCCACCAUCUCUGCUCCUCAUCGCAUCCCACCAUCUCUUUUCAUCAUCCCAUCCCACCAUCUCUGCUCAUCAUCCUAUCCCACCAUCUCUGAUCCUCAUCCCAUCCCACCAUCUCUGCUCCUCAUCCCAUCCCACCGUCUCUGCUCCUCAUCCCAUCCCACCAUCUCUGCUCCUCAUCCCAUCCCACCAUCUCUGCUCCUCAUCCCAUCCCACCAUCUCUGCUCCUCAUCCCAUCCCACCAUCUCUGCUCCUCAUCCCAUCCCACCAUCUCUGCUCCUCAUCUCAUCCCACCAUCUCUGCUCCUCAUCCCAUCCCACCAUCUCUGCUCCUCAUCCCAUCCCACCAUCUCUGCUCCUCAUCCCAUCCCACCAUGUCCCAUGUUCCUCCUCAUCUCUGUUACUGA